AUGGCAGCAGCACUGAUAUCGGUGCUGAACGAGGCGGCGGGGGAGUACGUGGAGGGCCUGGACCGGAGCCAGCUGGACUUCUCGGGGGCGCUGAGUGGGAAAGUGCUGCUGCGGCAUCUGCAGCUGAAGCAAAAAGUGUUUGAAGUGCUGCCGCUGCCAGCAGCAGCAGAGUUCAACUACAUAGGGCUGGUGCAGCUGGACUUGCCGGUGUACUCGCUGGGGACUUCGCCGAUUUUAGCCGAAGUCGGAGACGUGCUGCUGCUGCUGUCGGUGGAGGCCAGCGAGCGCUGGGACGCGGAGGAGUUCCUGCUGCAGUACCAGCAGCAAAAGGCAGCAGCACUUGCUGCUGGCGAGUACAAGGCCCUCUUCUCUUCGCUCGAAAGGGGCCUUUUGUGGCAGCUGCUCCUCAAACUCCUCUCCAGCUUCACCGCCAGACUCUCCAACGUCCACAUCCGCAUUGAAGACCGCUGCAGCCUCAGCAGCAGGCCCUUCGCGCUGGGCCUUUGCCUCAAGACUGCGGUGCUGCAUGCAGCCCCGCGGGGGGUGGACUUCUCCGAGCGGGGGGUUUGCAGGGCUGGCGGGGGCCUCGCGGAGGACACUUUCUUCAAAGUUGUUUCCGUCGAAGGACUUGGCAUUUAUGUCGACUCUCUCGCGGUCCCGGCCUCGCUCUCCCCGGCCUUUUCUCCCGCGGCCAACGACAGGGCGCGGGGCCCCCGCGGGGGCCCCCGCCGCCACCGCAGGGGCCCCCAGGGGGCCCCGGGGGGCCCCCAGGGCGCGCCGGGGGGCCCCGCGGGGCCCCCGAGGCCCACGACGCCCGGGGGGGGCCCCCGCAGCUACAACGAAGCCUGCAGAGAGGCCUAUGAGGCCAUCACUGCGCAGGUGCUGCAGGAAGAAACUGCAGCGGGAGAAUUCAGCCCCCCGGCCAGAAACCGCAGGGACUCUGCACUCAGUCUUUUUGCUGCUACGGGCCCCUGGGGCCUCGCCGCGGGCCAGGGGCCCCAGCAGCAGCAGUGCCCUGGGGUUUCUUCCUUUUGCUGCAGCGAGGGCCACUCGGAGUCCCCCACUUGGGCUGAGGCUGGACUGAGUCCGCCACGCGCAGCAGCAGACAGCAACCCCAGCAGCAGCAGCAGCGACAACAGCAACGGCAGCAGCAACAGCAGCAACAGCAGCAACAGCAGCACCAGCAGCACCAGCAGCAACAGCAGGACCCGCGUCAGGACCGCCAACAGGUGCUGCUGCAACGCCAGCAGCAGCUUCGAGGAAGACGCUGCAAGCAGCAACGGGACAAACAAAAAAGAAUGCCUCCCUCCAGAACAGACGGAGAGCUGGGUCCCCCUGCUGCGCCGCUACUACCGCGGCAACUCGGCAGCCGACGCUGCUGCUGCCAGUGCUGCUGCUGCUGCUGCUGCUGCAGCGGAUGCUGCAGCAGCAGGCAGCAGCUGCCUCCACGAGUCUAAAGAGUCACUCGAGAUCCUCAGCUUCGCUCGCAUCAGCGAGGCCAAGUCAUUUCUUAGCGGGGAUACCCAAAGACGCUUUCAGGGGGCCCCCCAGGGCUCGGGAGAGGGGCCCCGGGGGCCCCCCUUCAAAGAGCUGCGGCGGCCUUCUUUUCUGCCUCCCAUUAACCGCGAGCUCACAGCAGAACUCUCUCAGCGGCAGCAGCAGGGAGCAGCAGCAGCAGCAGCAGCAGAGGGUGCUGCAGCGGGAGAAAGAGCUGCUUUGAGAGGCCGCAGCAGCUCAGCAGACCCCUACGGCCAGCACGCCCGAGGAGAGAGCAGCAGCAGCGAAAACAGCAGCAACAUUCCAGAAGCAGACGCAGCAGACGCAGCAGCAGAAGAAGACUUCUACGAUGCAGAAGAUUCCCCGUCUGAGAGAGCAGCAGCAGCAGCAGCAGCGGCAGCAGCGGCGCGGAGGCAGCCUUCAGCUGCUUCCUUGAGUGCGCAGCAACAGCAGCAGCAACAGCAAGAGCAGCAGCAGCAGCAGCAGCAGCCAAAGAAGGCCGACCGCAUGCAGCCGCUAGACAAGGAGAAACUGAAUGAGUUCAGGGAGUUUCUUUCUCUGCUGUGGGAUAUUCCCCACGAAUACGUUUUGUCUCCAGACACUUUUAGAGGCCAGGGGAAGUUGUUUUUGACGCUGGUGCCGACGCUGCCGCCGGACGGCCCUUUGGAGAGGUGCUGGAGCCCUUGGGGGCAGCAGCGGGAGGCGGAGCGCAACGCAGCAGAAAAGGCAGCAGCAAGUUUGCCAUCUUGCACUUUCUUUUUAACUCUUCCGGGAGUCAAACUCACUUUCGAGGCCAUGCAGGCCCUCCAGCUCUGGAAGUGGCUCGAGUUCUGCUUCAUUCUCUACGGGGCCUGGCAGGCGGGCCUUUUGGGCACUUUGGAGAAGGCCAGAGCCUCCCCUGGAGAUACUCAAAGGUAUUUGCUUUGCUGGCCAGUUAAGCUGCUGCGCUGCCCGCAGCCAGUGGCUGUGCUGCGGGACGCAGAGCGGCUGCUGGUGUCUCAAGACGACGCGGAGUUGGCCUCGAAGAAGGAGACGGACGUGCCCGUGCACCAGCCCAAGCAGCAGCAGCAGCAGGAGCAGCAGCAGCAGCAGCAGCAGCAGCGCGAGCACCGCCAGCAGCUGCUCUGCCCCGACGAACAGCAGCAGGAAGGCGACGAGGACGUCCUGGAGGGUCUGGACACGCUCGAGGCCAUCGACGCCUUCUGCGCCUCUUUUGAAGAAAGACAUUCGCUGCAGACCAUUUGCGUGCUGCGGGCGAAGGCGCUGAAGCGGCUGGUGGCCCUGCGAGAGCUGCUGGCUUCGCGGGAAGAAAGACAAAGCAGCUGGAGGCGGGCGUGGCAGUGGCUGACUUGCGGGCUUUUCAACAAGCAGCAAAGUCUGGACUUUGCUGCUGCUCAGGGAGACCCCCGGAAGCUGGCUUCAGCCAGCGCCAGCAUUGUGCAGGGCCUGAUUGAGUGGGCUGAAGCACAGCAGCAGCAGCAGCAGCAGCAGCAAAUGGGGGGGGCGAGAAGCAGAGAGUUAAUUGCACAAAAGGGCUUCAUAGCCGAACUUUGGGGGGAUCUGCAGAACGGCGUGGGGUCUUCGCGUCUGCGGCAAGUGCGGGAGCACUUCUUCUCAGUGGACUUCGCGCUGGACUUGGCCCUCUCUGAACUCCAAGUCCUCGUAGUCUGCGAAGGCCGCGGAGUUGCUGUGCCCCCCCCCCGCUACGGCCAGCGCCUCCUGGCCCUCGAAUGCGCCUGUCUUCAUUACCACCUCCAAAUUGGAGUCACUGGAGACCAGACCCUCAGCAUGGACGUCGAAGUAUACCCGACGACGGUGCUGACGGUGGCUCGGGACUUGGAGAGCAGCUUGACCCCGCCGGAAGUGUCCGUGCUGCUGCUACUGGAGCCUUCUCAGCAAAAGACGAAGCGGAGGCGAAAAGGAAAUGCCUUUUUCGAUGUGCUGCAGAAGGUUUUGGGGAGGGCCGAGGACUCAGCAGCAGAUGCGCAGGACUUGGGCUCUGCAGCAGCGAGGCUGGGGGCUGCAGCAGGAGGUGCAGCAGGAGGCGCGGAGGGCGCGGGCGGCGAAGUCCCGCAGGGCGGCCGGGCCCCGAUGGGGCCCGCAGCUGCUGGGAAAGUCGCAGCAGCAGCAGCAGCCACCGCAAGUGCUGCUGCUGCUGCAGUGGAGGAAGUUUCCCGGACCGGAGGCGCGCGAGACUUUCGCAAGAAACUGGACUCCUUAAGAGCCUGGAGCCCCGGAGUCUACUUGCGCAUGGACUCGCAGCUAUUUCGCACUUUGCAUGCACCUGACAUGCGUUUGCUGCUGCACUCUUGUGCAGGAAUUGUGGUGGUGGUCAGCCCCCAGCGCUGCCUGCUUGUCUUGGGCGAAAGCCUCAACCUCCUCGACGCCGCAAGAACCAAAGACCUCCUCCUGUCUUCCAAUAUACAACGCGCAGCGCUGCUGCGGCAGGGAGAGGCGUUUUGCUCAGCCGUGGCUGCAGGAGAUAUCCAGCACCCGAAUUUGCUGCUGGACAUGGAGCUGCAAAAGACUGUUUCUUUUGUUAUACCCCGACUGGCCUCGCACUUGGAGUGCGAAGGGCUGCAGGUGGACUUGGGCAGCCUCAAGGCCAAGUCUUUGCUGCAGCCCAGGAGGCUGAGCUACCCCCCCAGCAUGGACGUUGCUGCUCUCCUUGACUCAUACUCUUGCGAACUCGCUGGACUGACGGUGGCGAGGACUUCCUCCUGCAGCAAGGACUUGCUGCGUCUGCAGAUGUUCCUGGGGGGCGUCGUUGUGCCUUUCCCCCGCCGGCUCAGCAGCUUGCUGCAGCUUUCAGCAGCAGCAGCAGCAGCAGCAACUGCAGGAGGGAACCCUUGGGUGCCGCAGCAGCAGCCAGCCGGCGACCCGCCAGGCCACGCGGAAGCAGACGGGGAGCCUGCUGCUGCUGCGGCGCACCCACGGUUGCCGGGAGCAGCAGCAGGAAGCAGCCAGCAGCAGCCGAAGGGGACCAAGCAGCAAGAGGCCGGCGCAGCAGCAACAGCAGCAGCAGCAGAGGGCCCCACAACCGAGUUCACCCACAAACGAAGGGGGGCCCCCAGUGGCUCUUAUUUGGUUCGCCCUGUAGACACCAGCGCUUUGUGUCUCAAAGUGGCCCACGACAAACACAGGCCGGGCCUUCCGGCUUUCCACGUGGACAUAAUUCAAGAGAGCAUUGCGGUGUUUGUCUCGCAACACGACAUAGAGUUGUUGGCGAACAUAGCAGCAGAGUCUCUGGAGAUUUUUUAUUCCUAUUCUCCCCGACUUGACGCAAUUUUCAGAGACGCCGCAGCGCAGCAGGCGGCGCUGGACGCGUGCAUAGUGCAGCAGAUGGAGGCGAAGUGCGUGGAGCUGGAGCAGCAGCAGCGGCAGCAGCAGCAGCUGCUGCAGCAGCAGCGGGAGGGCGAGGCCGUGGAGAGGAAGGCCUCGCGCCCAGAAGAAGAGACUGUUGUUUCCUCAAUUGCUGCUGCGGGAGUGGACCACACCACUGCCCUCGUGGGCACCCAGCUGGCCCUCAGCAGGGCCAGGGCCCAGGAGGCCCUUGUGUCUGCUUCAGUCACUCUGGCCAACAGCCAGCAGGGGGACAUGUCUUUGGAAAUUCACUGUGUCUUGGCUGGCUUGCGGCUGUCGCUGCUGCGCAGGGGCCCCACAAUUAGUUUCAAGGAGGCCCCCCGCGACUGCAGCGCAGCAGCAGCGCCCGCCGCCGACCACGAAGACACUGACUCCCUCGCCCCUGCUGCAGCAGCCGCAGCUGCGGCCGCCACAGCAGCAGCAGCAGCAGCGGGCGGCUCCCACGCUGCUGCGCCCCCGGGCGGGGCCUCGGGGGCCCCCCGCAGCAGCCAGGCCAAGUCCGCGUCUCUGCAGAGGACCCACCGGAGCCGACGGUGGCAGAACGACACCCUGUCAGCAGCAGCAGCAGCAGCAGCGGGGCCCGCAGCAGCAGCUCCGGGCGCCGCAGCAGCAGGCGGGGGCUACUUUGGGAGCCUGGCGCACACUGCCGUGUCUGCUGCAGAGGGCCUGGCGGCGCAGCAGCGCGCAGCGUCGCUGCUGUCGGGGGAGGGGGCCCCCGAAGGGGCCCCCCUGGCCGCAGCAGCGGGGCCCCUGGGGCCGCUCCUGGCAGGCAGCUGCAGCAGCUGGCUGGCGGCCUGCCUGCCGCUGACCGAGCCCUGCACCGGCAAGGCCUACAGGCCGUACCAAACGGUCAGUCCACUGGUCACUCUGCUGCUGGGCGAGUGCUUCAUAGAAGCAGUGACUUCUACUGAGGGGCUGGCCCACGUGCAUGUGGCUUUGGAGGGUGUGGAGCUGCGGGACGACACCAACAUAGCCCCGCUGUGCCUGUCUUCGUUGUACCUGGGUUCGGGGGCCCCCGAGGCCCCCCAGCCGGGCUCAGGGCCCUUCGGGGGGGCCCCCCACUUCGGCUCCGCCUCUGCAGCAGAGCUGAGGGCCCCCGACUGCAGCAGCUCCGAGCGAGGCCGCCGCGCCUCCGCCUUCAGAGCUGCGGGCCCCACAGCUUCGCAGCGCAAAAGCAGCGCAGUGGAGCAGCACUUGGCCAACAGCCAGCUGCUGUUUGCGGAAAAUAAGCUUUCCACCAAGAGGCUGGACAGGGCCCGCACUUCCGUGUUGGUUGCGGAGGCCAGGGCGGUGAUGCCGGAGAAGCAGCAGCAGCAGCAGCAGCAGCAGCAGCGGGGGAGAAGCGCCAGCAGGGAAGCAAUGUCCGACGGGCUGUCGCACGAAGAGGCGGCGGGGUCGCGGCGCUCGUCCGGGGCCAACCGCAGAAGCAGCGGCGGCAGCAGCAGCAGCAGCAGCGCGUGCCCGCUGCUGCUGUGCUGCCCCCCGCGGCCGCACCUGGAAGUGCGCCUUCGGGGCAACGCCAUGGAGGAAACUGUGGACACUGUUGUGUCUCUUUCGAAAGCCCGUUUCGUUCUUGUCUGGGAAGUUCUUUACGAAGUGCUGCAGGUGGCCAGCCAGCUUUCUGAAGAGCUGCCAACUUUCCAGCAGCCGCCGCAGCAGCUGCAGCCCCCGCCUUCCCCCACCUGGGGCUCUCUGCAGCAGCCCGCGCAGGGGCUGCAGCAGCAGCAGCAGCAGCAGCGCGGGGGCGGCGCGGCUUCGCAGCUGCGGCCCGAGGAGCAGCUGGAGUCCAUAGUGCAGCGGCUGCUGCUGGCCCGCAGCAGGUGCAUCUCCAGGCAGCAGCUAAGCAGAAACCCCAGUGUUGCCACUACGGACAGCCGCUGGUUUAGUCUUGCGGGAGGAGACGAUCCCAGGGACUCUCACGGGGCCUCGGGCUUCGUGUCUGCCCCUCCGGCUUCCGGCGCGGACCCCGCGCUGCAGCUGCAGCCGCCGUCCCAAGCCGCAGCAGCAGCAGCAGCAGCAGCGUCGUCCCCAGCAGCAACGCCUCCGCCCGCACCCUCAGCAGCAGCAGCAGCAGCGGGGAGCUCGAGGGCCCCUUCGGCCUCGUUCCAGGGCCUGGGGGAGUUCCCGGUGCUGCCGUCGACGCGGUUCACCUUUGAAGCCUCCGGGAGCCAGCUGGAGCAGCAGCAGCAGCAGCAGCAGCAGCAGCAGCAGGCGGAGCUGCCGGAGGCGCUGCCGCAGUGGGUGCCGCUGGAGAGCGGGGGGGCCUCGAGCCUGUUCGACAACGGGCGGCUGCUGCGGGCCAUUGAAGAGUCCCGCUUCGGCGCUGUGGAGGAAGAGGGCCCCUGCGACUUCACAGAGUGCGAGGGCGAGAGCCGCAGCCGCAGCGCCUUCGCAGGGUCUGCUGUGUCUUUGCUGCAGCAGGCGGGCCGCUGGGCGCUGCCCAGCAGUGCGUUUGCUGCGGGCGAGAGCGUGCGGGCCGUGGGCUGCGCGGGGGCCCCCGAGGCCUUCAACAGCUGCUUCCGCCUCCCCAAGCUGCAGCUGCGGCUGCGCAUGCAGCAAGCUGAGGUGUGGUUUCCCACGGAGCCGGUGCGAAUGCCUUUUGAGGCGGAGGCCGAGGGGCCCCCUGCUGCAGGCCGCCGCAGCGCGACCUCUGCGGGGGGCUCCCUCGCCUCCCACAGCGAGCGCAGGAGGCAGCAGCAGCAGCAGCAGCAGCAGCAGCAGGCCGACGCCGCAGACGGCGACGCCGCCAGGGGCCCCGGACUCCUCGCUGCUGUCGGCGGGGCUGCCCUUCCCCUGGGGGGCCUCGCUGCAGCCCCGGCGGGGGCCCUCAGCAAAAAAGGAAGACACCUUUUAAAUAGACUUCGCUUCGACCAUGUGGGGUCCACUGACAGCAGGGGCCCCCCCACGGACACGGGCACCAGCGCGGGCUUCAUGGGGCGCCGCCGCAAGGGCGAGACGCAGCAGCAGCUGCUGCACCACUUCAUCCCCGAGAACUUUGCUGCAGGUCCUGGGAUCGUUCCCGGGAUCGUCUCCGGCCUCGCCUCCGCUGCUGCUGGGAUCUCCAGCGCGACUGCAAAGGGGCGCAGGGCCCUUCUGGGGGGCGCCCGCAGCACCACGGGGCUGCAGCAGCAGCAGCUGCUGCUGUACAACAGCAGCACCCUCGGCAGCAGCGGCAAGAGGUUCAGCCCGCGCCUGCAGCGGGUCACUGCAGCAGACUACUGGAGGGGCCUCAAGAGGCUGGUAGUUCGAAGCCAGAGAGCCACUCCCGAGGGGACAGCAGCAAUUGCAGCUUGUGCUGCUCGGGUGCCCAAGCUGAUCGCCGUGUCUGCGGCCUUCGAAGUCUCCGUAGCCUGCUUCUCGCUGCAGCGCCAGCAGCAGCAGCAGCAGCAGCAGCAACAGCAGCAGCAGCAGCAGCAGCAGGAGGGCGAUUUGGAGGGCGGUCGGGAGCGGGAAGAGGCAAUGAUAACGGAGCUGGAGUGCGCGCGGCAAAUGGAAAGAAGCGGAGAAGGGCUGCUGCAGUGGCUGUCUCCUUACUGCCCCUGUUUGCUGCGCGUGGGCUUUUCAGUCUCCAACUUGUGUGCUGUUACUACGCAGCCGGAGCUGCUGUCGCCGCUGCUGCCGUGCGCAGUGGCCUGGGAGCCGCUGCGGCUGCACAGCCCGCUGCUGGCCCCCACGCGGCUGCAGCUGCUGGCCACAGUUUGUUUGCCUUCUGCUGCAGCUCUCAGCGAGCGCAUUUGUGGCAUAAGUCCCGAAGCUGCUGCUGCCAUUCGCCGCCGCUACGGCAUUCUGAGGGCCCCCGAGCCUGAGGGCCUUUGUCUCAGCUUCACAGCUGAGCCCGUGUUGCUUACUCUUGACACUCUUUCGGUGGUUUUGGCUUACCAGCUGCUGUCCAUUUCGGGGGCCCUUGCUGCUGCUGCUGCCAGCCUCUUCCCCGCGGCCCCCUCUUCUCCGGAGGAGCUCCGCGCAGCAGCAGCAGACAUGUCCGACACCCUCACAAGUGCUGCCAAGUCCUUCCCCGCUGCAGCGGGGCAGCAGCGGCACGCUGCUUCAGGGGGGCCCCUCUCUGCUGCUACUGCGCCCGAGGGCUAUGGCCAUCUGGGGUACUCGGGGGCAGAGGAAGACCCGCAGGGCCCCCGGGGGCCCCUGCGGGGGCUCAACCCGGUCCUCGAGAGCUUCAUGGCGGAGCAGCAGCACGAGCAGCUGCAGCAGCAGCAGCGGCAGCAGCAGCAACAGCAGCGCCGAGCCUCCAGCAGGGACAUGCCCUCCCCGCCGCCCUACCCAGCAGAUCUCGCCGGCGAGGGGCCCCUGGGACUCCACUGGGGGGCCCCCCCGGAGGAAGACCUCGAAAGAGUCCCAGUGCCCACAGCAGCAGAGGCCCUCGAGGGCUUGCUGCACACCACUGCGGUGGCCUUCGAAGUAUCUGGGGAAUUGUUUCGAGUCUCCUUGUGGGACACUUUCAGCGUGAGCCGCAAGUGCUGCUUCGCACUGACUGUAGAAGACCUGGAGCUGCGGGGGGCCUCGAGGCCCCGCUGCACAGAGACGAUCCCACUCGAUCCCGGGACCACAACUCUUGCUGCAUGCGCAGACCCCCUCGUCAAAGCCUGCUGCGCGGUGCUGCAGCACGAGGAGCUCUGCGCCCGCCACCAGAGGCUGCGGCGCAGAUACAUGCACGUGCAGGCCCCCAUCAAGCGAAAGGACAGCAGAAGCGGCUCCACCCAGCAGCAGCAGCAGCAGCAGCAGCAGCAGCAGCAGCCGCAGCGGGGAGAGACGGCAGGGGGGGCGAGACCCUACCUGAACACCACGCGCUCCUUCUUCAGCCAGGACUCCGAUGGGGAGGGCCACACGGGGGCCCCGGCGGGGGGCCCCACGGGGGCCCCCACGCCGCUGAGGGGCCCCUCGGGGGGGCCCCUGCUGCCAAAGGACUCACUGCUUUCGCUGGCGUCGAGCCGCCAGGAACGGCGGAAGGAACGGAGGCAGCAGCUGCAGCAGCAGCUGCAGCAGGAGCUGCAGCAGGAAAACCUUGGGCCGCGCUCGCUGUCCCGCGGACUGCGGAGCAUGGCCUCGGCCUCUCUGACGGGGAACUCCCGGAGGCGGCAAGGAGAAAAAGAAAAAGAAAAAGAAAAGAGCAGAAGCAAAGACAGAGGCGGCAGCAGCCUCGAAAGGCUGCAAACUAGUGAGACUCUGCAGGCCCUGCCCUUCACCGAAGCCCGAAGAGAAGUCACCGGCAGCGACCUCGCCUCUGCGUGGUCCACUGGCGACAUUUCGUGGCGGCUUUGGCGGGACUUCGAGGAGCAGCAGGAGCGGCAGCAGCACCGGCCUGCGAAUCUGCACAGCGGCCAGCAGCAGCACGGGCAGCAGCUGCCCGGCGAGGCGGGCUUCACCAUGUCUGCCGGCUUCGCCUCCGACCCGGGCCUCGCCACGCUCGUGUCUGCUGCUGCCAACCCGCAGCAGCAGCAGCAGCAGCAGCAGCAGCAGGCGAAGCACAGGGCCCACAAGACCCGACACGCCCACCGCCAGUGCAGCAUGAUGUCCCACGGCAGGGGCAAGGGAGCCCGUUUCAAAGUGCCCAAGUCCUUCCGGCGGUGGCUAGUAUCGCAGUACCAGGGCCCCAGCGGGUCUGGGGGCCCCAGCCAGGCAGCAGCAGGGGGGGCCCCCGGGGGCCCCAAGGCCCCGGGGGGCCUCGGGGCCGAGGCCGCAACUGGGGAGCGCCUGCGGAGGCUAAUGCUGGCCUCCGAGCCCUGGGCUAGUGUGGACAUGACAUUUACCGUCUCUGCAGAACAUUUGAACCGUCUCGAGGGCACCACGGACUCCACGCUGGAGCCCUGGCGGGUGGAGGCUGUGGGGCGGAAGGCCUCUCUUUCCGAGGCCACUUUGCUGGAUGUCAGGGCCACUUGGCUCAACUUAAACUUCAACGUGGCCCUCCUGGAUGCCCUGCUGGUCUACGGCUACGCGCUCAUAGGGGUUGUGGUUAGGCAGCGCACUUUGCUGCACCUCAACAGCCGCAGGCUCGGGCCCAAGCACUCUCCCGGGGGGCCCUCGGGGGCCCCUCCCCAAGGGGGGGGCCCCCUUGCCCGCGAGCCCAACGCCCCCACGCAGCACGGGGGAACACUUCGGAGGCCCGAGUCCGUCGAGACCCGCAGCGCCCGCGUAGGAGCUGCUGCGCCCACAGAGCGGGGGGCCUCGGAGCCGCGGGGGGCGCUGCAGCAGCAGCAGCAGCAGCAGCAGCAACAGUUGCAGUACCAGGGCCUCUGCGGCUCUGAGGGCAGCGAGCUGUCGCGCGCACUGGAGGCAGCAACAGCAGCAGCGGAGGUGCCCGGCUACUACGCAGUGCUGCGGCCAGACGGGACAGUUGUGGGCAGCAGCGGCUUCGACUUGUUUGUGCCUCUUGAGGAUGCAUUAUCUCUGGAGCUUCUGGGAGACCAUUUGCUGCAGCGGUCCUCAGUCCGCAUGUCCCCCUGUGCAGAGUUCGCAGGGGACCAGCUCAAAGAGGCGCAGCAGCAGCAGCAGCAGCAGCAGCAGCAGCAGCAUUCGCAACACACGCCAGCAGCCGCUCCCGAGGAGGCGGGGGAAAAGGACGGCGGAAGGCCUGCGCAGCUGAGCCAUCCCCAGCAGCAGCAGCAGCAGCAACAGUCUCACAUUUCUUCUACUGCAGCUUCUGCUUCAGAUGCAGGCAACCCCGCAGCAGGUCCCAUGGGCAAGGACCAAAACAGCAACAAUCCCCUGCUUUACAACUUGCUUGGCCAGCCGAUAGCCAUCAUGACAGACCUGCACGUAGAAGACGGGGCGGACGUGCUGAGCGGCAGCUGGAGCGUGGUGAAGGACCAGGGCAGUUUCUCUUUGCCUCUGGACGAAAACGGGAGAGUGUUGCCGUUUUUGGUGCGGCUGCGGCUGCUGAAUUACGUUUACGACUUGCCUUCGAAGAUCUUUUGCUUCACCACUGAGACCCGCGAAGUGGUUCGCCUUUCAGUUCCUGAGCAGCCGCUGCCCCCCACAAUUCACAUGCAGCACGAGACGGGUGCAGAGGGUGGAGACGAGGCCUCAGACGUUCUCCGGAAGAGGGCCCCCUUUGGGCGGGGGCCCCGGGCAGCAGGGGUUGGGAGCAGCAGCCACUACGCGAGCGAGGCCUCGGGCAUGGGGGGCCCCCCGAGGGGCCCCCAGAGGGGCUCGAGCGCCGCAGCCAGCGGCAGCCUCAAGAAGCUGCGGCGGCGCGGCUGGUUCAUCCCCUCCGCGCUGCCGCGGCCGCGGUCUUCAGUUUAUUUGCUGUGGAGGACUUCAGCGUUUGCCCCCAGCGGCGGCAGCCCCCGCCACGACUUGUUUCUUUCUUCUUGCGUCUCUGUGCGAAACGACACAGAGCUCUCGCUGGCCGUGCUGCCCACAGUGCCGGGCCCCACAGACGAAAGGACUUCUGUCUUCGCCGCAUUUCGCAAGAAGUUCGCAGUGCAGCCUUCGAAGCCCCCCACGGCCUCCAUGCCCCCGUUUGUGCGGGUGCUGGAGGCCCUGAAGCACCAAGACCGCAAAAGCAAAAAAAGACAGACUCAGGACCUUCACCAGCAGCAGCAGCAGCUCCGGACCUUCCCCCCAGUCCUCAAGCUCCCCGCCAUGGAGCACUACAUUGUUGAAGACCCCACCAGCACGGACAUUGGGCGCAAGUUUUCUAUGGUGGCGGACUGCCCCUCUUCGGACAGCGAGGCAGCAACAGCAGCAGCAGCCGGCAGCGCUGCAGCAGGUGCUGCUGGCGCCUCCGUCGCCUCAGCAGCAGCGCCAUUCCCCAGCGCCACCUCCUCCCAGGCCCAGGGCCGCGUCAAGUUCGCUGUCGAAGGCCUCAUGGAGCAGCACCACCAGCAGCUGCAGCAAAUGCUGCGCCGGCCCAGCCGCAGAGUCAGCGGCUCGACGCAGCCCGAAGAACAAGACUCCGGGAGUUUGCUGCGGCUGCAGGAGCUGCCGCUUGCUGCAGAGCAGGAGCCCGCAGCAGCAGCAGCUGGCGGGGCCACCCCGAGGGAGGGGGAGCACCCCACAGACCCACACUCUUUCAGCGAAGCCUCUCAGGACUUGAGGGAAGACAAGGGGGCCCCAGGCGCUGCAGCAGCCCCGCAAGAGGGGGGGCCCCCGGGGGCCCCCCUGAAGUCGCCUCGCGAAACCGAGGGCCUCCUGAGGCCCCACAAAGAACCCCGAAGAAACCACGGAAGAAGCCGCGAAAGGCGAGACCGCCGCAGCACCCACGCGGGCAGGGCCCCAGGCCACAAGCAGCAAGAACGCAUACAAGAGAAAGUGCCUUUGGCACUGGGCAUAGACUAUUUGGUCUUAGACCGCAGCGACCGCCAGCUGCUGCCGCUGCCCCUCUUCUGGCAGCUCACUGAAAACACCCCUCUCUGGUGCUGCCUCGCAGAACGCAUUCCCAAGUACAAACACAAACUCAAGCGUUUCGUCCUCAACCCCAAAAACGCCGACUUCCUCGCAGAAGAGAAGUCCCAAAGGGCCAUGACUGGCGCAAUGCUGGCCAAGUACAGAAACAAAAGAUCUGCGCUGCCCCCCAAACAAAUCCACAUCGGCGAUGGUGUGGCCCUUUCCGCCUCAGUCGUCGGCGUCGCCCUGCGCUCCCAAGGCGUGGCUCGAUCCAACGUGGAGGGACUUUUCUUCGAGGUGGUCUUAGAGCAUUGUCUUUGUGUUUGCAAUCGGCUGCCGCGGCCCAUCACCUUGCGCUUCUCCGCCCGCGACUGCAGCAACAUACUGCAGCAGCAGCAGCAGCAGCAGCAGCAGGUGGUGACGCUCGACUCGUUCAUCCCCCAGCCACCCACUGAAAUGCAGAUAGAAGCUGGAGAGGAAGUCUCGCUGCCUGCAGAUCCUGCCCACAUUACAGUUUACUUUGGGGCGAGAGUUUCGAAGCCUGUGGAAGUUGACUUCUACAACGCUGGGACCUCAGUGCAGCGGGUGGUGAUGCAGAACUGCAGCGAAGACAGCUCGACGCGGAGCGGGGCCUUCUCGGGGGUGGUGAAGGGCAGCCUGGAGCAGCGGCCGUCGCGGCAGCUGAGCGAAGGCACAGCGACGGACUCUGCAGAAGAAGGAACGGGAGACAAAGAGUCGGGGGGCCUCAGGGGCAGCGGGCUGAACGAGUGGGAGGCCGUGAAGACAGUGGAGCAGGAGGCGCUGCACGAGCCCGCGGCGCUGCUGCUGUGGGCUGAGACCACAGACCACAAUGGCGGCAGCAAAACCACCAGUUCCGCCACUGCCCAGCGCCUCUUCCACGGCACUUUCGUCAGGACUCUCACAGUCUUUGCGGACUUCUGGGUGGUGAACCGGACGGGCUACGUGCUGCUGCUGCGGAGGCACGGGAACGGAAGCCUGCAGUCUUUGCCGCCGUUUCAGCGCGUUGUGCUCUCGCACGACUUCGGGGCCUCGCGGCUGGCCGUGGGGCUGCCGGCCUCGCAGUUCGCACUUGUGCGGGACUUCGAACUCUACAGCAAAGAAGAACAGACGCGCCUGCGGCGCUGCCUGCAUGCAGCUCUUGCUGCGCGCAGCGACUCCGCGGCCUGGUCCCCCGAGUUCUUGCUGAGUGACAUGGGGGCUUACCAAAUCCAGCUCGAGCGCACGGAGACGAACCCCGUGCUGCACUACUCCGUCUCCAUGGGCAUUGCCCCUGCGCCCUUCUCCCGCACCACUGUGGUGGAGCUGCUGCCAGCCUACGUCUUAGUCAACGAAACUCAAAGGUGUCUUUGGGUCUGCGAGGCCCCCGGCGGGCCGGACUCCCGCUGCCACUUGCUCGAGCCCGGGACUCUUAUGGAGUUCCACCCCCAGGGCAAACGCCCCGUGUCCAUUCUCAUCACGGCUCUUCCCCAGAAGGGACUUGUCCGGAGACAGGCCAAGGUCAUUGUCUCUUGGGACAGCUCCCAGCCCGACGCCGCAGACCCCGCCGCCAGCAGCAGGACGCCGCAGCAGCAGCAGCAGCAGCAGCAGCAGCAGCGCAAACACAGCAAAGGGCUCAGUGAGCCGUCCGAGACCUCCCGCAGGAGCCCCCGAGGGCUGCCGGAGCCGCACAACAGGCCUACGAGCUUCCCGUCGGCCGCAGGCUCUGGAAUCCAGCAACAGCAGCAGCUGCUGCAGCAACAGCAGCAGCAGCUGCUGCAGCGAAAGCAGUCGGAAGUUUUCUCGGUGGCGGGGUCGCCGACGGCGUACACGGGGAGCCGCAAAGUCUCGCUGCAAAUGCAGAGCGGGGAGCGAGAAGGGGGAGAGAAUUUGCCUGUCUCCGCAGAAACAGCAGCGCAGCAAGAAAACAACCAGAGACUCUCGAGGGGCCUCGGCAACACGUGGCAGCUUUCUGAAGAAGAGGCCCCGGGGGAAUCCACAGUGGGGCUCACUUGGUCAGGGCCCGUGGACAUUGACAGCGCGCGGCUGGUGCAGGUGAGGCACCCGCAGGAGGUGAAGGGGCCCGAGGUGGUGGGGGGAGCUGCUGCAGGGCCUGCAGGGAGGCCCCUGGGGCGUUCGGGCAGCAGCAGCAGCAGCAGCAGCAGCAGCGCCUUCUGCCUCACGGAAGUGGAGGUUUGCCUCUAUUCUGGGGCCAAGUUCGUCCGCCUCCGAGAGCCCCCCAUCCCGGACUUCGUCUUAAUCAACAAAACUUCCUUUCCCCUCUUCGUCGGACAGCACGGAGUCCCCGCCUCCGAAGUUGUGCUUCCAGUGCCCCGCCAGCACUUGAAGAAAAGCUACGAGUUUCUGGGCAGGUCAGGCUGGGCCCGCGCUGCAGCAAGCAAGCGCUGCGCUGCAGCAGCAGCAGCAGCAGCAGGGGUGGGGGAGUGGUGGAGCGGCCUCAGAGGCAUGGGGAUGCAGCAGACAGCAGGGAAGCGUGGGAAUAGGGGGAAGCGUGGGAAUAGGGGGCUGCUGCUGCUAUUUUGCUGUUGCUUUUGCAGGUACGGCUUGCCUUUUGCGUUCUAUGACCCCACAAAGGAGAAGAAGCUUGAAGUCUGGAGAAUGUCUGCAGCCCCCCCUGCUGGCCACCGCCUCUCUGGCCGGCUUUCUCACCUGCACUCCCGGCUGCGCAGCAGCAGCAGACAAGGCAGCACAGCAAGGGCCUUCAACUCCAUAGUUACGAUGGGGGGCCCACCGGCGGGGAGCGGGGCUGGCCCGCACGCCUUCGGGAUGGCCCCCGCGGGGUCGCUGCAAAGUUUCCACGGCGGGCGGGGCCCCGUGCACCCCUCGCUUGCUGCUGCUGCUGCUGCUGCUGCUGAGGACAUGGCCCUCAGGGUGGACGGGGCCACUCUGCGGCGCAUCAGACGCGAAUAUGCAGAAAGCAUCAGUUUGAAGGCUUCCCACGGACAGCAGGGCCUCAUUCGCCUCGUGCUGCAAAGCAGUUCCGGCCCAGUCCUUCCGGGGGGCCCCCCGCCCCCAGUGGACCGGGUGGUGGUCUGCGUGAGGAGACCAGUGGUCAAGGGCAGCACUUACUUGGUCUUUUUCGAGGCCAGCCGGGCCUCCCCGGAGCUCCAGAGGGGACAGUCUCGAGGCCUUCUGGGGGGCGUGGGCCACGUAAUGGAACAAAUGCCCUGGGUGGAGAAGCCCGAGGCUCUUCUCAACAUGGGUGCAGAGAAUGCCUGGCGUUUUGCGGAGACUGGCGCAAACCAGCUGGAGAAGUACCUUGCCUGGCCUGCGGCGGACAUCUUUGACCUCCAGCGGCAGCAAAAGCACCCGUCCGCCGACUCGACAGCCGCAGCAGCAGCAGCAGCUGCUGCUGCUGCUGCGGCUGCUGGCGCUGCUGCUGGCGCAGGGGGUGCUGCUGCAGCGCCAGGAAGCAACCAGCCCUCGAGGAAACCCUCGACAGCAGAUGGCAGAGCCGCCCCGCCACCAGGGGAGUCCGCAGUGGAGGCCCACUCGGGCUCCCUUUUGGGCAACGGGGGGCCCCCCCUGAGGGCUGCUUCGGAGGUCCGCGGGGGCCCCCGGCCCUCCUGGAUUAUGCCCGACGGCUACUGGGGCGGCGCCAGUGAAGAGCGCCUGAGGCUGUUUGACCCCACUAUGGACCCCAGGGCCCGUGGGGUGGCCCCUCAGCGCAGGCGGCCGUGGCGUGGGGGCCCCCCGGGGGCCCCCGGGCGAGGCGGGAAGCUGGAGGCGGCGGGGGAAAGCGAUGAGGAGGAAGUGGAAAGGCCCCCGCUAUUCAGCAGAGACUUGAGCGUGAACUUGUUUGUGGUGGGGGCGGGGCUGUCGCUGAUCGACAGCAAGCCCGCAGAGAUCUUCUACGGCUCGCUGCAGCUGCUGCAGCUGGCCUUCAAGUCCAGCCAGGAAGGCGAAAAGCUGCGCCUGUCCAUAGGCUGGGUGCAAAUCGACAACCACGCGCCCAUGGCUUACUACCCAACAAUGCUGCGGCCCAUCACUGACAUGCGGGCUAGCUUUAGCCCCGACGAGGCCUCCUCGAGCUCCCCAAAGGCCUCCGCAGACAGCUCCCGGCACCUCAGUGCAGCUUCCACGGCCUCAGCUCCCCCAGCCCCCCUCAAGAGAGACCUCAGCAAAGAAGACUUGCCCGUGGGGGCCCAGGGCCCCCAGGGGUCCCCGGGCCCCACGGGCCCCGGGAUCCGGACCCCCAGGCCCCCCUCGCCGGGGCGCGUUUCCCCCCGCAUGGGGGGCCGGAGAGGGGCAGUGCCCUUCACGGCCCCCGGAGACCCCGGGGAUAACGAAGAACGGGAGGGGGAAGGGGGUGGGCUGGCGGCGCCGGGGGCCCCGGGGGCCCCCGGGGCCCCGGGGGGCCCCUUGCGGUCGUCGCUGGCCCUGCUGGAGCGGCGCAGGUCCGCGUCGCAGCUGCCCCUGGAAGAAGCCGAAGAGGCCCGCGCGCUGCAUGCAGAGGCCGAAGGGCUGAAGCUGCUGGAUGAAGAAGACGCAGUGGCGCAGCUGGUGCUGGAGAGGCGCAACACUGUGGACGGGAGAGGCCUCACAGUAAUACCCCAGUGCGUGCUGCGGCUGGCGCCCAUGUCAGUGAACAUUGACUUUCAGCUGGCCUUCGCGCUGCUGCUGUUUGUGGACGAUUUGCUGAGGACCACCGACCUGGACUUGCUGCAGCAAAGCGUCAAGGAGAUCCGAACCUCCGAGACCGACGCAGGCAGCCCCAGCUGGAGGGCCAUGCUCGGCCCUGUGGAAGGCGCCCUGGCAGAGGUGAUCCGCGGGAGCGGCGACGGAGCAGGGAAAGUGUACUUGGGAACUCUAGACGUGGGCCGGGUGGCUCUGGUGAUAAACAUUCGAAACAAACGGCAAGGCGCAGAAGAAGAAGAGCAGCCCCACAGCGAGCUGAUUCGCGGGGUGUUGGCCAUAAUGAAGUCGAGCCCUUACAUAAGCGACGCGAACUUGGUCUUCGCGCCCGAAGUGCACCAGAGCCUCUGCGGGCCCCUCGUAGUUCUCGUCUCCGACAUUCUCCAAACUUACAUCGGCCAGGCCAUCAAACAAAUCUUCCAACUCCUCGGCGCCGUCGACCUCUUCGGAAACCCCGUCAUCAUGUGCAAACACUGGAAGUCCGGAGCCCAGGGCUGCUUCUACGAAAUGCGCCGGGGGCUGGCCCUGUGGGGCACUCCGGGCUUUGCGUUUAUCUCCUUCGGGCGGGGCCUCGCGCGGUGCGGCACGGGCUUUGUGGGGGGCCUCUUGGACUCUUCAGGCCGGUUUUUUGGGUCUUGGUUUCAGUGCUUCGAGGCUUUGGCCCGCAACUCGGACUCCUACUCCGUAAUGCCUUUUGCCCAGGGCCAAGGGGGCUUCACGGACCAGCCGGGGAGCAUUGCAGAGGGGCUUGUCUCUGGGGGCAAGGGCUUUGCAUUUACCUUCGCACUGUCGCUGGCGAACUUCUGCGGCAAACCCUUCAAAGCCACGCAAAUCCACUUGGCCCAGCCUUCCCUCAACAGCAAAAAGGACAGGCUGCUGGCGGGGGGCAAAGGCUUCGCCAUUGGGGCUGCCUCGGGACUCAGCUCCCUCUGUUUUGGAGUUCCCUCUUCGCUGCUGCUGCUGCUCUCCUCCUCUUGCGUCGGCGCACUCAACCAAAUACAGGCAGUGCCCAUGUUGGAAUCAGUGCGUCCGCGGCGGGUGUUUUGCAUUGGCUGCUGGCGGCCGGAAAGCUACAGCUUUUCGCUGGCUGCGGCGCAGAGCUGCGUGCGGCGGGGGGCGCGGGCGCCGCCGGCGCAGCUGCUGUUCACAAUUCCCAUAUACAAGCAGCGGGAAGAGGGGGAGGGGAAGGCGCCCCCGCCCGGGGGGGAGCGGCUGCAGCGGCUGGAGCAGCGGCUGCAGCAGCUGGGCCGGGGGCAGCAGCAGCCGCGGCGGCGGCGCCCGCUGCUGUGGCUGGCCGUGGGGCUCCGCAAGCUGGGGCUGCUCGAAGGCAAACAUGUCAUCUGGAGCUGCUUCCGCGGCGACGUGGCCCAGCUGCAGGUUGUCAGGGCCUCCGCAGCAGAUCACAACAACCCCACCAAAGCCGUCGCUUUCUUCCUCAGCGUCCUCCACUUCAGGACCGACGGGAGGCCCCCCCCCGACGAGGGCCUCGCCAGAAACGUCCGAGAGGGCCUCAGACAAAGAGCUGAACUCGGCGGCAUGCAGGUGCAAACCCCCGCUACAAACAGCUCCAUCACCGGCAGCAGCAGCUACAGUAGCAGCACCAGUAGCAGCAGCAGCAGCAGCAGCAGCUACACCGACGAGGAGGCCACGGAAGACCUCGAAGACGAAUUCUCGGAGUCUUCGUCUUCCCUGUCCAACACUUUUGGAGGUCCAUUAUCCAGGGGCCCCUCAGCAGACCAGCAAGCACCAGCAGCAGCAGCAGCAGCAGGGAAAGCAGCAGCUUCAGGCAUCAAAGACAGCAACUGGCCAAAGAAGAGCGAAUCCAGUGGGCAGCAAAAAAGCAGCAUGAGAGAAACCCUCACUUCCCUUGUCAAAGGCUCCCGCCUGGGGGGCCGCGGCAGCUCUCUGCAGCCAGAGGGCUCUGGGGAGCAGCUGCAGCGCGAGUCCUCGGAUCCUCAGCAGCAGCCGCAGCAGGAGGAGCAGCAGCAGCAGCUGCUGCCGCAGCAGGGUCGGUGGAAAGUGCUUCGGCAGAGCAACGUGGGGAAGUGGCUCCUGGGCCGAGGCAAAACGUGGGAGACAGAUCCUAUGAAACAAACUUUCAUCUCCAGAUGGGUUGAGUUCCCCUCAGAGAUGGCCGCGCUGCAUGCAUUUGAUGUUCUCUCGCAGCUGCUGGACAGCCCCCCAGGCCAGGGGCUGACAGACGCCACCGUCUUUCCCCUCCCCUAG